CUCGAGCUUCCUUCUCAGAAAAGAACAACAGUAACUUAGCCUACCUAGGGUACAGACAACGACGACACGAUGCCGCUUGUCCACGUUGUUCUGUGCAAGGUCAAGCCCGAAGUUAUCAGCGCGAGCAGCAGCUGGUCCGAAUUUGAGUCGCACUGCCAGGUGCUCGGGACGACUCCUUCGCUCAAGCCAUUGCUGCUCGAGUGCGUCUGGGCGAAGCCCACGUACGAGGAGCGCGCAAAGGGGUGGAACUGGGGGCUCUACACCAAGUUCGAAUCAAAGGCCAUCUACGAACAGUACAGGGACCACCCCGACCACAAGGAAUUUGUCGCCAGCAAGCUCCGACCAAACAUCGAUGACAUCAUGGCCUUCGAUUUCGAGUACUAAGGAGAUCCAAAUUUCCUUGACAAACGAAUGACAGCAAUAGUGUAGUCGUAUGGGUAUCUCUACAAUAAGAAAGGAGUAAGGAUGGGUAAAAAAGGGGAAGUGCACUCUACCGUCUCGAGAGGGGAAUGCCCGCCGUGACGCUUCUGCGCUGCUGCCCAAGCCAGGACCGCGGAGCAUUGGCGUUCGCCAGGGCAUUUGCUGCGCUGCUCC